AUGAAUAUGUCGUCCUCGCCGGUCCUUCUCUUGGUUUUGCGCUUCUACGCGCUUUUCUUUUGUUUCAAUGUCGCACUUACUGCCGAGGUAGAUAUUACUACGGGCAAUGACUUGAUGUCCUUUGUCACGCGUCCGGAUAUCAAAGCCCCGCGGUAUGAAGUGACAAUCCAUGACCCGGAUUCCAUGACUUCUGGAUACUGGUUCUCUGCGCCAUACUCGGUGAUCGAUCCGGAAGCCCCGACGAGAAAAUGGAUGCCAUGCCAGGUUGGCCCGCAUAUCUAUGACGGAAAUGGAACACUAAUCUGGUCCGGAGCUUGCCUCUUCGAGAACCGCAACGUCUUCGACUUCAGACCAGUGACAAAUAUCGACGAUGAGGUCCACAUGUCUUUCAUCCUUCAGCAUGCCUAUCAUGAUGACAGCGUCAAAGGAAGUGGUAUGAUCUAUGACCAGCACUAUGAGCACGAAAAGAUCGUGGGCGUGACCAACGAUCUCUCUGCAUUCAAUAUGCACGAGUUCAAAGUCCUCGAGGGUGGAAAGACGUCUCUGGCCUGUACGUACAGGCCCGAGAACGUGGACUUUGCGGAUCUAGGCCGGCCAGGCGAAACUGGUGUGGUGAUCAUUGGGGGGUUUGAAGAAAUCGACACUGCCACCGGCAAGGUGGUUUUCGAAUGGAGCUCGAAGGACCAUGUCUCUCUGAGCGAGUCAACGUUUGCUGUCCCAACGGAUAGAUUGCCCGGUGCGCCUGGAUGGGAUUACAUCCACGUUAACUCCGUCGAUAAAAAUGCCAACGGCGACUAUCUCCUCUCCGCUCGAUUCACAAACACCAUUUACCUGAUCUCCGGCCAGGACGGACACAUCAUCUGGCGUCUAGGCGGGAAGCAGUCUGAUUUCGACCAGGACUUCUCUUUCUACAGGCAGCACCAUGCACAGUUCGUCCCAUCCAAGGACAACGAAACCGUCAUCUCGUUCCUCAACAAUGCCUCCGACGAAGGUUCGCAAGAAGACACCAUUUCCACGGCUCUCAUCGUUCGACUAGAUACCACUUCUAUGACCGCGCGAGUCGUCAAGAGCUUCGAUCGCCCAGACGGAGAACUCACUCGCCUCCGCGGCAACGUCCAGAUCCUAUCUAACCCAGGCGGCAAAGGGGAUGGCAACGUCUUCGUCGGCUGGAGUCAGCAGGGUUACCAUUCCGAGUUCAGUCCUGAAGGCAAACUUCUCAUGGAGGCACGCUUUAUAUCCCCUCGUUUCUCAUCCUACCGCACCUUUAAGCUCCCCAGCAACAACUUCCAUGGCCGACCAGCCGAGCCACCCGCUAUCAAAUCCUUCGUUUACGCCAGCGCCAGUUCCUCAACCGUCACCGUAUUCUACGUGAGCUGGAACGGAGCAACAGACGUCGCAUCAUGGAACUUCUACGCACAAGCCCAAGACUCCAGCAACCGCGUGCUGGUAGGCAAUGUGCAGAAAACCGAUUUCGAAAGCAUGUUCAUGGCAGAUGGCUAUCUCGACUGGGUAUCUGCCGAAGCUCUCGACGCACAUGGUAACACCCUCGGCUGGUCCGAGGUGCAACGCUCAAGCCUUCCAGAGAACUGGUCCCAAUCAGGCCUCAGCUUGAAUCCAGAUGAUCCCUCCGAAUUAGCUUCUCUCGAAGACUACAUUAACGACCAAAUCGAUGCCGAAGAAGAGGAGGAGGAAGAAGAAGAAGAAGACAGCUCCUACGGGAUAUUCGGCGGCUUUGGUGGAUUUUUGAUUUUCUUACUCCUCGUCGCUUGCUCCGUUACCGGCGUCGCUGUGGAUGUAUGGCUGGGCCGGACGCGCGAGGAAAAGCUGGAGCAGAAGCGUGAUGCGGAGGCAGACGCAGCAGUGGCAGCGUGUGAGAGAGGUCAAGGAUAUAUUCAAUUACCGUUCGAUGAGGAAGUUUAUGCGCUGAGCGAUAUGAGUCGGCGGAAUAGUACAGAAAGUACGUGA